AUGCGUAAGAAACUCAUAUCAUCUCCAUCAAGCUAGUUAAAGGUUAAGUUUGAGGACUGACUUGCGUUCCGAGGUCAAACGAAUUCUGCACGAGGCUCGUGACUCGUUCCUCUCGGGAAUGGAGUUGCAAUUGAAGUGCAAUCCGAUACAUUUUUGGUCAACAUUCAAACUGAAAUCAAAACAUCGGGGUACUCCUGAAAUUAUCUGCAUGGCAACAGAUCCCAGCGGUGAAUCAGCAGACGUCGGAAGUAGAAGUCAAGCAUCAUCGCCUACUGAAAUCGUUGAACAGUCCAAUCAGCACUUCGUGUCGGUAUUUAAAUUUGACCCUGUCACUUGCAAUUCAGCUGACGAGGAGUACGCUGGGCCUAAUGUUGAUCAGACGUAAUCAGACCUGACUCUCACAGUCACUCAGGUCUUGGAUGUACUGGCCAACCUUGACGCGAGUAAAGCUACCAGUCCUAGUGAAAUUCCGGCUAGGAUUUUAAAGGAGACAGCAUAUGAGAUCGCUCCCUCUUUAUGCGAACUAUCCAAUAAGUCUCUCAGAAGGAUAAUAAAGAAUAUGCCGAGAACUACAGGCCAAUCUCGUUACUGUGCCUGGUUUCCAAGGUGAUAGAGCGCUGCGCGUUAGAUUCAAUCAAAGACCACGUGUACAGUCUGAUCGAUAGCUCACAAUACGGUUUCAUAACAGGGCGGUCGUGCGUGACGCAGUUGGUAGAGUUACUCGACUAUAUCGGCUCCCAACUCGACAACGGGGGCUAGGUUGAUAUUAUCUGCCUUGAUAUGUCGAAGGCUUUUGAUAAAGUGAGUCAUUACAAACUACUCAGGAAGCUGCGUGAUUACGGUUUCAGCGGAAAGCUUCUGGCCUGACUGUAGUCCUACCUCCACGAUCGGAUGCAGAGGGUAACGGCACUCGGAGUGAACUCGCAGGCUCUUCCAGUGACAUCAGGAGUCCAUCAGGGGUCCAUAUUGGGCCCCAUGCUAUUUCUCCUAUGUGCGAAUUCUCUCCCUGGUGCUGUAAAAUCUAGCCACGUCUCUGCCUUUUCUGAUGAUACCAAGAUCUUCAAGUCCAUAAAGUCACCAACUGACGCUGCAAUACUACAGGAUGACCUAGGCAGCCUCGCCACUUAG